CUGUUCAAGAAAAUGAAAACAUGUAUACCACAUCUCUCCAGCAAAAAAGCAACAGAGGUCGGAAAAGAUUACGACUGUUUGAGUAUAUUCUUGAGUCUCUUCAUAAUCCGGAGAUGGCAAACUGUAUCCAGUGGAUCGAUAAAGCCAACGGUGUCUUCCAGUUUAUUUCCAAAAACAAGGAGAAAUUGGCAGAACAGUGGGGGGAACGCAAAGGAAAUAGGAAAGUCAUGACCUAUCAGAAAAUGGCAAGAGCCCUGCGGAAUUAUGGGAGAACAGGAGAAAUAACUAAAAUCCGAAGGAAGCUGACCUAUCAGUUUGGUGCUGUGGUUUUGCGAAGGCUCUCUCUAGCCUGCUUUUCAGGAAAAGAUGGAAAUAUUGGUGAUCAGUUUGUUAAAGCUGAACAGGGAUGUCUAUAUGCAGCUGACUGGUUUACUUAUCAAAACUGCAUAAACCAAAAAGGCUGUGACUUACAACAGGACAGCGACCUUACAAGUUCAUUCUACUGUGAAGCUUACUAGAUGAAACUUUUUCCUCAUGAUGUCUCCCCCCACAAACUUAUGUGGCAUGAUUAACUCACCAGAAAAUGCAUGCCAGCUACCAGAUUCAAAGCCCCCCACUCCUUUUGGGCUAAUUGGUGUAGUUUGCAAAUAGAUUUUGCUGGGAGUAUGC